AUGAACCACGGUCUCCUGACAGUCGGGAAGACGGUCGACGAGGCUUGCUACCUCUUCGGCUUGAUGGAGCGUAGCUGCGACAUCGAGCUGAAGGUCAUGACCGGCGAGGCGAGGGGUGAGAAGGUCUCCGAAAUCUCGCCCGAGGAGGCGGCGUACAAUUUUAAGACGUCCGCUGAUCCUGAGGUCCUGUACUGGGACUUCCAGCCCGAUUACGACUUCGAGUAUGAGGCGUGCAAUGUGCGAAGGAGAUGUCAUGAUCAGUUCGGCGCCGCAGGUUAUUACGACGUCGUAGUUCGAUCUGGCAAGCGAGUAACCAACUACACUCGUUGA